UAAGAAAGUAUGAAAGACAGUUUGUGUUUAUCUUAAUCAACGAUAUUUUGGUGUUGUUGUACUGAAUUUUACAUGUUUUAGGAUGUUUCAAUGAAUCUUACCAUUAAAAAAGAAUUUUUUCCUCUUACUUGAAGUCACGUAGAUACAGUAGCGGGGGCAUGCAGUUUAUCACAGAAACAUCGAGUUACAGUGUUGCAAAAUUCUAUGAUUUGUUUCAACACAAACUGCCUCUUGUUGUAAUGGUGACACAGGGUUUCCAUGGUGAUAUUAUUGAGGAUACAUUCGAUCGGGAACAGGUUAUGGUACUCUGUGCCAUUUCAAGACAGAGCCGUGUUGUAGGGAUCUUCACCAUUGGUGGUCAGGCAAAACGUAUGAGUAUUCCGGAGGAGUACACGGAAAAGCUGUGUACUAUUAAAAGGGGAGAAGUCGCAAAAGAAGAUCAACUUUACAAGAUACUUCAAAACCACCCACUUCCAACAUUGGUAGAGUUUCCUAAAGAUCGUGUUCUCACUGUGGGCAACAGGAGUAUGAAUACAAACCAUAUUCCACCAAUAGAGUUAACAAAACGAUUUGAUGAAGUUUAUAAAAAAAUUACCCGUAUCACAUGA